AUGAAAGAGAACAAUGGAGCUUACUCUCCUACUUUCAUGGAACAUUCGCAAUCCUCUUCGUCUUCCAUGGACGAUCAACCGCCAAAGAAAACAUCCACCAUUCAAAUAUCGAAUAAGGCACAUGGAAAUCGUCUGUUGGCGUUGUCCUACAUCCGUUUCGUUCUGUAAGGUUUCCAGAAGAUUUCUCAUGUUCUAUUGUCGAUUGCCUGCUUCAUUGGCUCAGAAAACAGGAGCAUAUUAUUCUUGUAAAUGAGUGGAUAAGCUAUAUGCUUGAUGCCACUGCCCAGCAGUUUUCAACCAUGAAUUCACCUUCAGAGAAAAACAACAGAGAUUAUGCUGGACUCACACUCUCAAAUAUAGCUGUUAAUAGAAGACCAUCUGUAGACAGGAAUGCCAAGCAGAUACUGAUAUUGGCUGGGUGGUUGAGGAGUAUUUUCCCUGGUCUAAACUUGCCAAUUAAUGCUUCUGAUGAGGACCUCAAAGCAUGCUUAUUGGAUGCUAAUGUCUUGUCCCAAAUUCUGAACAAGCUAAAAAAGCCUGGUCCUGCAAAAGAGGGAGGUUAUGUUAUCCAUAAUUUGGCUUCACGGUCGGACAAGAUCAAGAGGUUCCUUGAAGCUGUAGCCGACAUGGGGAUACUGAAGCUUGACAACGCCGACAUUGAAGAUGGAUCUAUGGACUCUCUUUACAAUUGUUUAUGGUCAAUUAGAGCAUGGACUAACAACCUGGGAGAUAGAGAUAGACCUUUGGCAUGCAGCUCACCUACUAAGUCGGAAAACAAUCGUGUUGACGCAUCCUUACAUGAGCCAUUUUCUCCCAUGUCUGGAGAAGAAAGGAGGAAAGUCUUAUCUGAGUCGAAAUUUCAUCGCACACUGAGUAGUCCUGUUAUGUCAGAUCCAUUCGGUGGAUCAAAUCAUCAAGUUGGCCAUAAGUUCCACGAAGUGUUUCAAUUAAAGCAAGGUCGUUAUGCUGAUCUUCCGGCUGCAAAAAUUUCAGAAAUGAUGAAAUCAAAUAGUCUAGACAAUGCUCCAACGCAGUCACUUUUGAGUGUGGUGAAUGGAAUUCUUGAUGAAAGUGUGGAGAAAAAGAAUGGUGAACUUCCUCAUCGUGUGGCAUGCCUGUUAAGAAAAGUCGUUCAAGAAAUCGAGCGCCGUAUUUCUACUCAAGCGGAACAUCUUCGAACUCAAAACAAUCUUUUCAAGGCUCGUGAAGAGAAAUUCCAGUCUCGAAUAAGAGUGCUUGAAGCACUUGCAUCAAACAUUAAUGAAGAAAAUCAGCAACUUGAGAAGACAAAAACAGAAGAAAAGAAGAAUUUUUCCAAUGAGGACAUGACUAGGUUGAUUAAAGAAAGAGAUGAAUUUAAAGCAGAGAUCAUACUCUUGAAGCAAGAGAUGGAAACAACUAAGAAAACAUAUGAAUUGCGUUGCUUGCAAGUGGAAAUGGAAAAUGGUGAGGAUAUGAGUAGGUUGAUUGAAGAAAGAGACGAAAGCAAAGUAGGGAUCAUGAUGUUGAAUCAAGAAUUGGAAAUAGCUAAGAAAACAAAUGAAUUACGUUCUUUGCAAGUAAAAACGGAAACAGAUGAGGAUAUGGCUAGAGUGAUUAAAGAAAGAGAUGAAGGUAGAGAAAAAAUCACAAAGUUGAAACAAGAUUUGGAAAGAACUAAAGAAAUGUAUGAAUUGCAAUGCUUGCAAGUAGAAACAGAAAAAGGGGAGGAUGUGAGUAAGUUGAUUAAAGAAAGAGAUGAAAGCAAAACCGAAAUCACAAUGUUGAAGAAAGAAUUGGAAAAAGCUAAGAACACUUAUGAAUUGCACCGCUUGCAAGUGGAAGCAGAAAAAGGGGAGGAUGUGAGUAGGUUAAUUGAAGAAAGAGAUGACAGUAAAGCAGAGAUUAUGAACUUGACGCAAGAGUUGGAAAAGGCUAAGAACACUUAUGAAUUGCAUCGCUUACAAGUGGAAGCAGAAAAUGAUGUGGGUAUGACUAAAUUGAUUAAAGAAGGAGAUGAAAGCAAAGUAAAGAUCAUAACACUGGAGCAAGAAUUGGAAACAGCUAAAAAGAUGUUUGAAUUGCGUUGCUUGCAAUUAGAAACGGAAAAAGAUGAGGAUGUGACUAAGUUGAUUAAAGAAAGAGAUGAAUGUAAAGCAGAGAUAGCAAUGCUAAAGCAAGCAUUGGAAACAGCUACAAAGACGUAUGAACUGCGUUGCUUGCAAGUGGAAACAGAAGGAAAAUCUGCUCAAUCAAUGUUUGAGGAAAGGAUUAAAGAACUUGAAGUUCUCUUGGAAGAUUCAAGUAACGAAGUGCAAAAACUUACAACAAGUAUUGAAUCAAAGCAAAAUAAAUGGAAUGCAAAAUCAAACAGCUACAGGCGUAUGGUAGAAUUUCAAUGUAAUCUACUGCAGGAUGUUAGAUGCUCCUCAGAGUCUGUUAAAGAAGAGGUUUUGAGAGUGAAGCUGGACUACUCGAACGAUGUCAACCAAUUAGGGCUCAAACUCAAAUCAGUAGCACAUGCAGCUGGAAACUAUCAUGGAUUGCUGGUUGAAAAUAGAAAAUUGUUCAAUGAGCUACAGGAUUUAAAAGGAAACAUCAGAGUGUUUUGUCGAAUAAGGCCGUUUUUGACCGGGCAUAAAGACAAACGGAUGACCAUAGAAUAUAUUGGUGAAAAUGGAGAAGUGGUAAUAGCAAACCCCACCAAGCCUGGGAAAGAAGGUCAAAAGUUAUUUAAGUUUAACAAGGUGUACAGCCCAGCUUCAACUCAAGGCGAGGUCUUUUCUGAUAUCCAACCUUUGAUACGAUCUGUACUUGAUGGAUAUAAUGUAUGCAUAUUCGCCUAUGGCCAAACUGGCUCCGGAAAGACAUAUACAAUGACCGGUCCUAAUAAUGCUACUAAGGAGAACUGGGGAGUUAACUAUCGUGCGCUCAACGACCUUUUCGAGAUCUCUCAAAAUAGAAGUGGUGCCAUUGCCUAUGAAGUUGGGGCGCAAAUGGUUGAAAUUUAUAAUGAACAAGUCAGGGAUUUACUUUCAAGCAAUGCUUCCCAGAAGAAACUGGGGAUUUUGACUCAUUCCCAACCAUUUGGACUUGCGGUACCUGAUGCUACCCUGCUUCCAGUGAACUCAACCUCAGAUGUUAUAGAACUAAUGGACAUUGGACUGAGAAACAGAGCAGUUGGCGCCACGGCCAUGAACGAAAGAAGUAGUCGGUCACAUAGUAUUGUGACUAUUCACGUUCGUGGGGCGGAUUUGAACGGUGGUUCCUCAUUGCAUGGUAAUCUUCAUUUGGUAGAUCUUGCUGGAAGUGAGCGGGUCGAUCGCUCUGAAGUUACAGGAGAUAGACUCAAAGAAGCACAACACAUAAACAAAUCAUUGUCUGCACUUGGAGAUGUCAUUUUUGCUCUAGCACAAAAGAGCUCUCAUGUUCCAUAUAGAAAUAGCAAGCUCACCCAAGUCCUUCAAAGCUCUCUUGGUGGUGAAGCAAAGACGGUCAUGUUUAUACAACUUAAUCCUGAUGUGAACUCAUAUUCUGAAUCUUUGAGCACACUAAAGUUUGCGGAGAGAGUUUCGGGAAUCGAGCUAGGAGCAGCUCGGAGCAGCAAGGAAGGAAGGGAUGUUAGAGAGCUAAUGACCCAGGUGGCAUCUCUGAAAGACACUAUCAGCAAAAGGGAUGAUGAGAUUGAGAGGCUACAAGUUCUCAAAGACUUCAAGAACAAUGUGUACAACAGUAGCAACACAGAGAAGCGCAGCACGACUUCUAUGAACAAAGACGUGUUCGGCGGAGUUGCAACAACUCAGAAGCCUUCAGGUGGAAAGAGCUCAGGAGGAGCACAGGAGGAGCUGUUUGACGUGCGCUCGGAAGCCGACUCGCAGCAUUUGAUGGAUGAUGUGAGGAAUCAUAGUGAAGUUAUUCGGCCACUAGACAUAGGUCAGAAUAUUAUUGAAGGUGCUGAAACAUUAGGAUUUCCUGAUGCAGAUUAUGAAGAAAGUCUAAUGGACAUACCUGAUGAUGCUCUUUCUGUUGAAACAGAAAAUGAUGCAACUACAGAAAGACCGAAGCUCACUCAACACACAAGACCAGUAAAGAAGUUGGAAAAGGCCAGAUCUACCACUACUCAUACUAGGAUCUCGCAAAAACAGUCGCAAACUGCUUCAACUACACCGCCAGGAUCCAAGGAGCAUUCAAGGUCAUACUCAGCACCAAGUCUUAAAUCUCUAACGGGACAUGGUAAAAGAUGGCAGUAAUUUUACAGAGAACUU